CCUACUAAGAUCUUCAAUUUAUUAUCAUGUAUAACAAUGUAUUUACGACCAAUAACAAUAGUUUCUUUUAUAUAAAGAACCAAUUAGAAUCAUACUAUAUUAGAAAGAUUUUCUGAAAUCUUGUAUUUAUCUUAAAACAUAAGCCGCCAAAAAUAUUUGAACAGUAGAAGUAGAAAUGUAAACAGUAAAUAUUAGACAAGGGAACAAGAUGGAUGAAUUGGGAAAUUCUAAUCUUCAAAUUGUACUUAGUAUUAAAGAAGGAAAAGGUUUUGAACAGAUUUCACAGCCAACAAUUCUUAUUGCAACGUUAAAUGGUCAUUCUUUAAAAUCUGAUGUUAUUGAACCAAAUACAAAUCCACAAUAUGCGACUGAUUUAAUUUGGGAAACAGACAAAAUCUCUAUAAGAAAAAUGAGAUGCGGCCAAACUCCUUUGAAGUUAGAAUGUUUUGUUUUAAAGGAUCAUAACAAUAAAGAAAAAAUUGGAUAUAUUCUUCUCAGUAUAAGGUCUGCACAAAUUAUACCUAACAGUAAAGAAUUAGAACCAAAAUCAAACUGGCAUACUUUACUAGGAUUAAAAAAUAACUUUAAGGCACAAAAACCUGAAUUAUUACUAUCAUUAUGCAUUGAAGACCGAGAAUGUAUUGCCCUAAAUUCUUUGACGAAGAAAUUUACUGAAAUCGAUAUGCACAGAAAUCCUGCGGGUGAUUUUGAAAAGUAUGUUUGUAAAAAAAUUAAUCAUGAUUAUAAAAGUAUGUAUUCAACAAAUUGUUUGGAAGAAAAUUCUAUACCAGUGAUAUCUCAAUUACCAAAUCAUGUGGAAGCUUAUCAUUGUUAUUGUUUGGAUAUAAUUUUCACUGGAAUGAAAUUAUCUUCAGGACUAGCAGUACAAAAUAUUGAAUUCAGAUUUCAUCAUCCAAAAACAGAAAUGAUAUACACAGUUAAUCCUAAGAUGUCAGUUCUUUUAGGAGAGAAAGUCAAAUUUGAAGAUAUUGGUUGCAAAUUACAUUUUAUAUCUGCAACAAAUGAAAUCAAACAAUUGUUAUUCUCCUGUCCUCUUAAGAUUAGUAUACGUAGUUUGGAUGAUCUUAAAACUUAUAUAUCACAGUUUUCUCUUGACGUAAAACAACUAUUUCAUCAAAACAAGUGGAAGUGUGAAUACGAAAUGCCUUUGUACAAUUUCGAAAAAAUUAAAGUCGGUGAAUUGGAUGUUGUACUUAGUUUGCAGGAUCAUGGUCCAUACUACAGAAUGAAUCAGAAUGUCUCUGAUCAAAAAUUUGGUCCACCAAUUAUAGAUGAUAGUUUAGCUUAUAAAAUAGUUGACGAGUUAGAAACAUGGAAGGAGCGACAAAAGGAAAUAUUUAGAGUAAAUUUAAAAAAAAAAGAAGACCGUCAUUUAAAUUUAUUGAGCGAAGAAUGGCAAAGACAAAAAGAAAAUUUAGAAUUAAAACUAGCGUGUAGUGUUGAGCAGUGUAAAAUGUUAGCAAACAAUCUAAAUAAAGCAACGGAUGAUUUAAGAACACGGAGAUUACAAAGUCUUGAAAAAGAAGCUAGAUUAAUUAAGGCAAAUGAAGAUUUGCAAUGGAGAUAUGAAUCUAAAGUUCAGGAAUUAACAGAAUCAUUACGUGUAAUAAAAAAAGAAUCGACAUCAAAAAUACUUAUUCUUGAAGAGAAAAAUGCUUCUCUUGAAGCAAAAAUUGAACCUUUAUCUGCAGAAAAUGAGAAAUUACGACAAAUGCUCACAAAACAGGUAGAAAAAUUAGAAGCAUAUCAAAAAGGAUCUCUGACGCAAGAUCAAACAGCAACUUUGUUACAAGAGUUAAAAACUCUUGAAGAAAAAUAUAAUAAUGCACAACGCAAUAAAACAUUUUUUAAGGAAGAAUGGGGUAAAGCAGUACGUGAAAUUCACAGAAUGAAAAGAGAAUAUCAGGAAACGAUUGAAAUUCAAAUUAAAAAUAGUAAAGAAGAGUUAAAAAAUUUAGGUUUGGAAGAGAUAUUAUACACAGAUUCAACAGCUUUAACGAAUGAUCAAAUCUUAUUAGGACAAAUUCAAAAAGAAAUAAAUGUAUUUAAGCCUAAUUCUUUAAUGAAACCAAUGCAUCAACAGAUACUUUCACCAACAAGCAAGAUAUUUUCUAAAAAUUUUCUAACUAAUAUGAAAACUGUCUUACAUAAAUCAGAUGAAUAUGAUGAAAGACUACAAGCUCUUAUCGAAGAACGGAAUUCUUUGUUAAAAACUGGUAGUUAUACUAAUGACGAUACAGUAAUUGUAAAACUUAACAUGGAAAUUAGGAAUAUUUUGAUGAACGCUUAAAAAUAUUUUU